UGUUUGUAGCCCUGCAGAACUCAGCAUAUCUAACAUUUCUCCUUCAAACUCCAACGAGCUCUGUUCUCAUCUGAAAGGAAGAGAGGACACUGCUGAAGUCGGAUCACCUGAGAUCACCUCCAGACCAGCAGCAGUCCAGGCCUGACAGGGCGCCCAGCCGGCCUCGCCGCAGCCCCUCCAGCAUGGAGCGCGUUCAGCACAUGACCAAGUCGGCCAUCCGCCGGGCGUCCCAGAUCGAGGUGACCCCACAGGCCAAGAGGAACCUGCAGGAGCUCUUCGUCAACUUCACGCUCAUCCUCAUCUGCCUGCUCCUCAUCUACAUCAUCGUGCUGCUGAGCAGCUGAGCGGCGGCGGCGGCGGCGGCGCUCGGGGAGUUUGGCGAGGCUGCGAGCGGACGAGGGUUUCGCUCCCGGCAGCCAUGUGACGAGAACAGCCAGACUCUCUUCACGGAUGGCCUCCGAGCCUCGCUUUCUCGAGGGAAUGAUCUGAAGUCAGUCAGCGGUACGCUCCAUGUUCAUCCAUGAUAAUCAUCCUGCACACAGCAUAGAAAUCCCUCCUGCAUCAGUCAGCGUACAGAACAAUCCAGGGUUGCUAAAAUGUAAUCAAGCUUACAGAUUCGAAAAAAAAA